GCCAAUAUAGCAUCUUACUAUCGGUGGUUCCAGUAUUGUACUGCUCUACUGUACCGUGGGUGAGGAGGAUCCUUGUGGGGCAGUACCCGUUUUUUCCUAGGCGCCUUCUCCACAUAUAUUUGGUGUUGACGUUGCCUAGCUGCCAAACUCAUCCGCCACGCAGCGAUGGGGAAGACCCUCGACGACAGCAAGCUCGCGGAGCUGUACCCCCUCCUUGCCGCUGGUGUAUCUCAUUGGGAGAUCUGGAGGAGAACUGGGAUCAAUCGCCGCACGAUCCGGAAGAUCGCCACGAACCUCGCUGCUGUCAAAGGCCCAUAUACCCCGAAGAUCUAUGGAGCAAAGCGAGGGCGCCCAUCGUUCUGCCUCCCAUAUCAAAAGCAGGCUCUGUUCGAUUGGCUAGAGGAGCGCCCAUGGGCGUACCUCUCGGAGAUUCAAGACUUUCUCCUUGACGAGUUUGGAGUCCUUUGCUCGCGGGCAACAGUGUUCAAUUACCUUGUUGCCAGGAACUGGAAGAAGAAGGUAAUGGAGAGGCACGCAAAGGAGAGGAGCCUCCAACUCCGAGCCGUGUGGAAGCAGCGAUCCUAGCGCUGGAGGGCUGAGCAGAUUAUCUGUGUUGACGAAUCUGCAGCCAAUGAGCGCACCGGCGAUAGAAGGAGAGGAUGGGCCCCAUCGGGAUCGCAGCUAAUCGCGCAGUACUCAGUUGUCAGAUCAGAGAGAUGGACUGUUCUCCCCGCCCUCACCGUCGACGGCUUCCUAGCAUAUAAUAUCUUCCAGGGUGGGUACACAUCAUGUGAGACUCCACCAAAUAUAUGGGACCCCCCGCAGCUACCCACGGUACAG